UUAUUGAUAGACGUACGGCUUGGCUUAAAAUAUUAAGGAUGGGCCAAAAAGGGUCGAAUUCCAUGAGAGUUUGUUCUUUACAUUUCACUGAAGAGGAUUUCUUUUUGCCAUUGCAAUGGAUCUGGGGGGGAGACCAUUACAUGCCUAUUAUAAGGAAGGCAAAUUUGAGCGAGUAAAAGAGGGAGCACUAUGUUUAUAUUGCCGUAGAGUUCUGCAGAACACAGGAAUGAGUCGAUUGAAAACUCACAGGGCUAGAUGUACAAAACUUGUGGCAAUUGCAUCUGAGGAGACGCGUUCAGAGCUUAAUACAACGCAAGAGACUUCAUCAAUUGAGCUUGAGGUACCUUGUCAGGCUCCAGCCCUUCCUGCUGGUGCAACUAGUAUAACUCGAGAUCCAAAAUGUACAACAUCAAGUGAGAUUACAAGCUCAUCGACAUUGCCACUUACACCAAAACUGCGGAAACGUCGACUGGACAACUUUGUUGACAGUGUCAGUGAGAAAGAGCAGGCAGAAAUCAACUUGCGAAUAGCAAAACUGGUGUAUGUCCAUGGGCUCGAUUUCAAAUUCGUUGAGUCUUCAUACUUCAAGGACUUAGUGAAGUUCUUGAGACCAGCAUGUCAAGUUAUAUCUGCUGAAGAUUUGGCAACAAAAUUACUGCUAAAAGUUUAUCAAGACAUUGCUGACACUCGAGGCAAGGUUGUCUCCUCUGAAAACUGGGUAUUGAUGAUUGCCAAAUGCAAAAAACCUGCAGAGAUGCCACAAACAGUCACAGCUAACAUUCAGACCGGUGAAGGUGUCAAAAUUUAUCUCGAUUCAUAUGGUACUACGGAGGGGCAAGAUGCUCUGUCUCUUGAAACUCACAUCCUGUUUGAUGCAAUUGACAAAACAAGAGAAGUAUCAAAAGAAAAUUUAUGCUGUUGUAACUGAAGACGAAUGUAUUGCAUCAAGUUUGGAUAAAGAUAUUUAUCCAGACCUGUGGUAUUUUAUGGAUCAUAACUCAUUGAUUAACACGGCCGGUGAUGAGGUUGAAGAUAAAUUACUUACUAGAAAGUUAGAAAGCCUAUUAAAUGAAUUACGAUCAGACAUUGUAAACGAAAAAAUAGAAGAACAUGGUGGUGCUAAGUUGAUCUAUCAGGCAGAUAAUGGCUGGAGAGAUGCAGAGAAAAUGUACGCUAAUUUUCUGAUUAACUUAGCAUUCCUGAAGAAGCUAGUAGCGGAUGAUGUGGUUCAGCUCAAGGAUAGGAUUGUUGAAUUAUUCGACUCAAAAUUCGAAAAACAGUUGGAAGGCUUUGUCAAUCUUUUCAAAGCUCUGCAAGCUCUGUCUCAACAAUGCGAGGAGUCAGGCACCACUUUGGGCGACAUCACCGAAGGUUGGCUUAAAUUUGAGAAAUUGUGUGAGCAGAAUUAUGUCCAAUGGAUUGGUUUUGACGAAAUGCUGUCCCCAGAGUUAAUAGCUGCAAAUUUCUUCCAUCCUCAUUAUCAUGGCCAAUUAUUAGUUUCAUAUGCUAAUGGUAAUGCCAGACUCAAGAAAUUGACAGAUUUCCUACUGCCAUUGUUAGAAGAGGAAGGUUUGAAAGGAUAUAUGGAGUAUAAGAACAAAACAGAAAUAUUUAGAACUCUUUUCGACAAGAAGAUGAAGAGGUGGCAGCUGUUUUGGACUGUAGCAAUGGAAUAUUAUCCUGAGUUGAGUUCUCUCGUUAAGAAAUUACUACAAGUCCCAGUGAAAACGUUAAAGCUCGACUUUGUCGAUUAUUCCGUUGAUCAAUUGACACCUACUCGUUACCAGAAAUUUGUGGAUGUCCAUCAUCAUCUAAAAUUGGAUAAAAUUGAUGGAGGAGAGGAGAAAAAGUAAGAGUGUCCGUUGCCUCAUCAUUCUCAUACACUGAGGGAAAAAUAUUUUAUUCUCUAAUAAAUCUUGUUUGCCUCAAAAUACUUGUGCAUUGAUAAUUAUCAAGUAUGGAAUGGUUUGUGCUCAAUAUUUGGAGAUUAAAGCGAAAAUUUGAAUUUCUUCAGAAAUUCAAAUUUUCGCUCCACUCUCCAAAUAUUGAGUACAAACAAUUCCAUACUUGAUUAUCAACGAACAAGUUUUUUGAGGCAAACAAGAUUUAUUAGAGAAUAAAAUAUUUUUCCCUCAGUGUACUGACUCAGAUAUAAUAUGACGAAUAUCAACGAUCCAUUUUAUCACAGCGAAAAAGCUCGGAAUAUAUAUUUUUUGUUUAAAGUUUAAUCUUGAAGUUAGAUUCUCCUAGAUGGAGCAUUGAAAAAUGAGGACAAAGUGCAAAAAUAUUUGUUUCUUAUUAUCUAUAGAUUCUAUCAGCAACUGAUGUAAAAUUUAUGUGUUUUGUUUUUUCAUAAAUUUAACAUUGUUAAUGAUAAGGGGGUAACCCUUAGCAGUGAUUUAAACAGACGAGUAGCCUUAUCGUAAUCGUAAAAUAAUCUUUUGUACGUGAUAUUGAACCUGUAAGACGAAUCUAAUCAAAACGUGAUUAAGCAUAAAUAAUAUGACAUAAGUAAGUUUG